AUGGCGCUCGGCGGGGUCGGGCGCGGCGCGGCGCGGGCCGCCUGGCCGCGGCUGCUGCUGGCGGCGGCGGCGGCGGCGCUGGCGCUGGCGGGGCCGGCGCUGCCCGAGGUGCUGUUCCGCUGCCCGCCCUGCACGGCGGAGCGCCUGGCCGCCUGCCCCCCGGCCGCCCGCCCGCCCUGCCCCGAGCUGGUGCGGGAGCCGGGUUGCGGCUGCUGCCCGGUGUGCGCCCGCCUGGAGGCCGAGGCGUGCGGUGUCUACACGCCGCGCUGCGCCGCCGGCUUGCGCUGCUACCCCGACCCCGGCGCCGAGCUGCCCCUGCAAGCCCUGGUGCAGGGACAGGGCACCUGCGCCCGCCGCCGCGACACGGCCGAGUACGGCGCCAGCGCCGAGCGCCCCGCAGAUAAUGGUGAUGACCGCUCUGAGAGCAUUCUCGCUGAGAACCAUGUGGAUGGCACCAUGGGGAUCCUGAGUGGAGCUGGAGGGAGGAAGCCCAUGAAGACGGGCAUGAAGGAGCUGGCAGUGAUGAGGGAGAAGGUGAACGAGCAGCAGCGGCAGAUGGGCAAAGUCAGCAAGGCCCAUCACAACCACGAGGACUCCAAAAAGUCACGGCUGUCGACGGGCAGGACCCCUUGUCAGCAGGAGCUGGAUCAGGUCCUGGAACGCAUCUCCACCAUGCGGCUGCCAGAUGAGCGAGGGCCCCUGGAGCACCUCUACUCCCUUCACAUCCCCAACUGUGACAAGCAUGGCUUGUACAAUCUCAAACAGUGCAAGAUGUCGGUGAAUGGGCAGCGUGGCGAGUGCUGGUGCGUGGACCCCAUCCAUGGGAAGGUGAUCCAGGGUGCACCCACCAUCCGUGGGGACCCCGAGUGCCACCUCUUCUACACAGCCCAUGAGCAGGAGGACCGGGGAGCGCACGCCCUGCGGAGCCAGUAGACAGAUGUGAUCUUGCUGGCUGGAGGUGGCUCACUGUGGGCCCAGUGCUGGAUUUUAAAUGGGUUUCAGCGUGUCUCUUUAGGCUCUGGAAGAGACUGGGUGCUGCCCUCCUUCCUCAGCUGCCUGGUUCCUGGGGAGGGGAGGGAUAAGGGGAGGGGAAGUUGGUGGGGGGUUUGCAAGAAGGGACUGCUUUCUUAGUCUUUCACCCAACAUAAACCAGAGAACUGGUCUUUUUUGCUCCUCGCCCUGCAGCCCUGCCCUCCCUGCUGCUUUGUGGCAUCUUUCUGCACCCUCCAGCACAGAGUGCCAUGUGCUCCCUGACCCCUCCCUGGGGAAAAAACCCCUUGCUAUGAGUGGGAGAGGGUAAAAAACGAAAGAGCCCAGCCUUUUCCCCUCUUUUUCUCUCUUCCCCAAGACCAAAGACUGUAAAUACUGUCACCUGCCUCUUGUGUCCUGCCAGUCAGUCUCUUGUGCCCCAGCCCAGCCAACAGUCCUGGCAUGGGAUGUGGUGUGGGAGGGAGGAAAGGAAGAAAGACCCUGGAUUCCCAGCUUGAACAUAUCACCAUAGUUGGGAUGUGUUACCCAAGGAAGCAGCAGUGAGGGAAAGGGCUGAAGAUGAGACAAGUGCCACCUUGUCCCCUAACAACACUCUUGGGUGCUUCCUUUGCUUGUGCUGGGGCACAGACAACUCCACAGGGGCCCAGCUUCAGCCACUGGUGUGGGAGCACGGGGCCUUUGGGUGAUAGCAAAGCUAAAUGCUUGUUUUUCCAAGGGAUUUGAAGGGCUUUUGCACAGUAUUUCUUAGGAUCAGCUUAUGCCGAGGGAGCUAAAAUGAACUUGCCGAGGCUGGGUGGAAGGAUGCGUUUGUAGAUUUAGGAUAACAAGCCAGGGAAUGUCUCUCUUUCUGUCAUUCAUUUUUUCUUUAUUUCUAGAUAGGAAAAAACAAAACAUCUAAAACCUGCGUUCCCAAGCAGCUGCCCUUCUCCCUCCAGUUUUGUUUGGGACUGAAGUGAGCAUCUGUUAUUCAGCACAUAACUUUUUCUUUUUGUAAGUAAAUUACAAUAUAUAUCUUGCUUUGUAAAGACCCUCACUCACACACACACAUACAAACACACACAGACACACACACACACACAUUUGUAUAGAUGAAAUCAAAGUGAUUCCAGGUGCUCUGAAAGGUUUUGUGCUGGACAUACUGGGGAUACUGGGGAGAGAUGUGUCUCUGCUGUUAAUUCACCUGUUGAUUUCUUUCUGUACAGAACACACUGAUGCUGAGAAUAAAUAACUUCCCUAUUGCCUAA